AUGCAGCCCACCCCUUCCACCCCGGCCCUCCCGGCCCUCUUAAUCUUCGGCUCCCAAAUCCAAUCACUCGACGCCACCAGCGCCUCUGCCCUCCGCGCUCUCCUCGCCCGCACCCCGGCUCUAUCAUGGACCAUCGACGCGGCCGCUGAACUCCCCUCUCUCUGGGCCCAAGCCGUCACAGCCAUUCCUGAGCUCGAAUCCCCCUCCACGAAAGAACUCCUCGACGACUUCAGUUCGUGGCUGCGCACGGGCAUUUUGCCCGAGGCGUUGCCAUUCCCCCUGCCUAAUGCGGUCCUCACCCCGCUGGUGGUGAUCUACCACCUGGCGCAAUACGCGCAAUACCUCGAUGCCGCGGCCCUGGUCCAGCCCACCGCUGUGAACAGCACCACCACCCUCGGUCUCUGCACCGGCCUUCUCAGCGCGGCUGUUGCGUCCUCUGCCACGAACCAGGCGCAACUGGCCAUCCUCGGUCGCGUCGCCAUCCGUCUUGCGGCUCUCGUCGGUGCUGUUGUUGACGCUGACAAUGCCAGUUCAGAGGCUGUCUCCACCUCAGUCGGGUGGAGUGCCGCGGAGCCGGAGUUGCGGGAGAAGUUGGAUGCGGUGCUGGCUAAGUUUGCCGACGAGGCGUACGUGUCUGUGCUGCAGGACCAAAACCGGGUCACGGUCACUGCCGCGAAGGACGUUGCUGGAAAGUUGAGGGAGGAGUUGAAAGCGGCGAAGUUGGGCGUUACGGAGAUCGGGCUCGUGGGGAGGUUUCACUCUGCUGGACACAAGGGUGUGUUGGAGAAGCUGAGCAAAUUCGUGGAGGCCACGCCGGCUCUGCAGUUUGGGAGUGAGAGUGGUAGGAGUGAGGAGAUCUUGAAAGCGAUGCUCGUUGAGCAGCCGGAUUGGGCGUCUGAGUUCCGCGCGUUGGGCGAAAGCACCACCGCGGACGGCCAGAGCCUGGUGUUUGGCUUUGGACCGGAGAACGUCGCUCCCCCCGCGUUGGUGCGCAGCUUGGGUGCGCGUUUCCACCACCUGACCACCCUCGACCUGUCAGGCGCUGGGAUCCCCGCCACGCUGCUUGGGUUUGGCGGCCCGGCCGAGUACCGCGCCAAGCUGUUCGAGACGGGCAUUGCCGUGGUUGGUAUGGCCGCGCAGAUGCCGGGUGCCUCUGAUUUAGACGAGUUCUGGGAUAUCAUGCGCGCCGGCCAGUCGCAGCACCAGGAAGUCCCUCGCGAGCGCUUCGAGUUUGACGCCAACACGGUGUUCCGCCCGGCCGAGAACCGCAAGUGGUACGGCAACUUUGUCCGGGACUACAACACCUUUGAUCACAAGUUCUUCAAGAAGAGCCCCCGCGAGAUGGCAUCGACCGACCCGCAGCACCGUCUCAUGCUGCAGAUCGCGUACCAAGCUGUUGAACAGUCCGGCCACUUCAACCGCCCCCAGGACGAGCGUGAUGACCAUAUCGGUGUGUACAUCGGUGUUGGCCUGGUCGACUACGAGCGCAACAUUGCCUGCUCCCCGGCCAACGCCUACUCGGCCACUGGCAACUUGAAGGCGUUUGCUGCCGGCAAGAUCAGCCACACCUUCGGCUGGACUGGGCCUGGUCUCACCAUCGACACGGCGUGCUCGUCGUCGUCGGUGGCCGUCCACACCGCGUGCCGCGCUAUUCUCUCUGGCGAAUGCACCGGUGGUGCCCUCGCGGGAGGUGUCAACAUCAUGACUAGCCCAGAGUGGUUCCAGAACUUGGCUGGCGCGUCCUUCCUCAGCCCCACUGGGCAAUGCAAGUCGUUUGAUGCCCGGGGUGACGGGUACUGCCGUGCUGAGGGUGUCGGUGCGGUGUUCCUCAAGAAACUGUCCACGGCCGUUGCCGAUGGUGAUCGGAUUCUCGGUGUCAUUGCUGGCUCGGCUGUCUGGCAGAACCAGAACUGCACACCUAUCACAGUCCCCAACUCCCCCAGUCUGUCGGGGCUGUUCCGCAACGCCAUUGACCGGGCUGGCCUCGAGCCGAAGCAUAUCACCUAUGUCGAGGCCCACGGCACCGGUACCCCCGUCGGCGACCCGGCUGAGGUUGCUGGUGUGCGCAGCGUGUUGGGCGGCAGCUCGUGCGCGCGGUCGAACGGCGUGUCGCUGGGGUCGGUCAAGGGGUUGAUCGGCCACACUGAGUCCGCCUCCGGCAUUGCUUCGCUCCUCAAAGUCCUCGUGAUGAUGGACCGUCAACAAGUGCCGCCGCAGGCCAGCUUCGAGUCGCUGAACCCCGCGAUUGAGAUCACCCCCGAGGACAAGAUGGAUAUUUCCACGGCGGUGCGGCCGUGGGAUGUCGACCUUCGCGCUGCGCUCAUCAACAACUAUGGUGCGUCCGGAUCCAACGCCUGCUUGGUGGUCACCCAGGGCCCGAAGCGUGCUGCUGAUGCUGUCCCUCUGCCCACCGCCGAGACCUCCGCGGUUAAGUACCCCUUCUGGUUCGCGGGUCACGACGAGAGUGCCCUGCGCAGGUACAUCGCCCGCUUCCGCAAGUGGCUUGCGACCCAGCCCGGCCCGGCCCCGUCGGUGGCUAGUCUCUCGUUUGAGCUGUCCCGCCAGUCCAACCGCACACUGCCCUCAUCGCUUCUGCUUACCAGCGCUUCGUUGAGCGACCUCGACAGCAAGCUGGCGCAGUUCGAAGCCGGUGCUCCCCCCAAGGAUGUCGCUGUGACUGCUGUCAAGGCGGCGCGGCCGGUGGUGCUCUGCUUCGGCGGGCAGGUGUCUAACUUUGUUGGACUUGACAAGUCCGUCUACGAAUCGGUGGGUGUCUUCCGCGGCCAUAUUGAUGCCGUUGACGCGGCGCUGCGCGCUGCUGGUCUCGGCAGCAUCUUCCCUGCUGUGUUCCAGACCACGCCCAUCGAGAGCAUCGUUGCGCUGCAGACGGCCCUCUUUGCUGUUCAGUACAGUUCGGCCAAGAGCUGGCUCAGCAGCGGGGUGCGCCCUGUCGCUGUUGUUGGCUUCAGCUUCGGCGAGUUGACCGCGCUGGCUGUGUCUGGUGUGCUGUCUCUAGAAGAUGCGGUUAAGCUGAUCGUUGGCCGUGCUGCCCUGAUCGAGGAGAAGUGGGGAUCCGACUCGGGUGCUAUGAUUGCCGUCGAGGGAGACAAGGCCCUGGUGGACAAGCUGCUGGCUGAGGUCGCUACCCAGGCCCCCGGCGCGGCCAUCGCGUGCUACAGCGGCCCGACGAGCUUCACGCUGGCCGGCCCUAAGGACACCAUGGAACUCAUCCCCCAGACCGUGGCUGCCCACCCCGAGUUUGCGGCCAUCCGUCAGAAGAAGCUCGACGUCACGCACGCCUUCCACUCCGUUCUGGUCGACUCGCUGUACGCCGACGUCGAGAAACUCGGCGAGGGUCUGACCUUCAACAAGCCCACCAUCCCCGUCGAGCGGGCCACCGAGUCCGCCACAUCCACCGAUGACCUGACCUCAUCCUUCGCCGCGGCCCACUUGCGCAACCCUGUCUGCUUCAGCCACGCCGUCGACCGCCUGGUGGCCAAGCACGGCGAUGCCAUCUGGCUCGAAGCGGGCUUCAACUCCACCAUCACCUCCAUCGCGGGCCGCACCGCCAAGGCAAAGGGCACCCACCACUUCCAGCCCAUCAACCUGGCCUCCGAGAACGCCGUGCAGCAGCUCGCCGACGCGACCCUCACCCUCUGGAAGGAAGGCCUCAAUGUCUCCUUCUGGCCGCACCACCGCUCGCAACGCGCCGAUUACGACGCCCGGCUGCUGCCCCCUUACCAGUUCGACAAGGCCGUCCACUGGAUGGCCCUCCUGCCCCCUCCUAAACAGACCAUCACUGUGGCCGCCCCAGCUGCUGCUUCUGCCGCUGCGACCAUCCCGGAGAAACCCCGCGGCUUCUGGUCCUUCGAAGGCUUCCAGGACCCCGCCACUCAGAGCCUGGCUCGCUUCCGCGUGCACACCACCAGCGACGAGUUCGACGCCCACGUCCGGGGCCACAUCAUCGCCCGCGCGGCCCCGCUGUGCCCCAGCCCGCUGCAGCUCAACAUCGCCGUGGCCGCCCUGCGCAGCCUGCCCUCCAACGCCGGCCUGCAGCCCCGCUCGCGGGACAUGGUCAGCCACGCGCCGCUCUCGCUCGACCCUGCGCGCGCCGUGUUCCUCGAGGCUGCUGCUCAGGAUGCGGGCAAGCGUGUCUGGAACUGGAAGAUUGUCAGCGAGCCUGCGGCUACUCCGGGAACAGGGAAGGUUACCCACGUUGUUGGAACCAUCAGUUUCGCGGCCGCCAACGAGCAGGCUGCGCUGCUGAACGAGUUUGCGCACUACGAGCGUAUCGUGCGCCACGAGCACUGCCAGGAGCUGCUGACGGAUGGUGAUGCCGAUGAGGUGGUCAAGGGCCCCAGCAAGAUCUACCGCCGGUUUACUGACAUUGUCGAGUACGGGUCCAUGUACAAGUGCGUUGACAAGUUGGUUGCCAAGGGCAGUGCCUCGGCCGGCCGGGUUAUCCGCAAGGGCCCUGCCGUCGAGGAUAAGCACAAUGGUGGUGCUGGCAGCUGGCCGGAUAUUGGCGCUGGUGACUCGUUCUGCCAGGUUGCGGGUAUCUUCGUCAACACCAUGACGGAUGUUCCGGAGACUGACAUCUACAUUUCCGACCGCAUCGACCAGUGGAUUCCGCUGCCCGACACUUCCGCCACCGACAAGGGCGUCAGUGGGGACGCCACCGCGUGGGACGUCCUUGCGCUGCACCGUCACCCGACUGACAAGAAGUACAUCAGCGAUGUUUUUGUCUUCGAGGCCAGCACCGGCCGUCUCGCCGAGAUCAUCCUGGGCAUUCACUACCAGCGCGUCGGCAAGGCCGGUCUGUCCAAGGCCCUGUCCCGUUUCGCGGCCCCGGGUACUGUUGCCCCUGUGGUCCCCAAGGUAGUUGCCCCGGUCCAAGUUGCUCCCGCUGUCAACGAUUUCUACACUGCCGGCCCCUCCAAGGCCAAGUCGCAGGUCACCGAGAUCAACAACCGCAUCAUCGACAUUCUUGUCAACCUGGUCGGCCUCGACGCCGACGAGCUGCAGCCCGAGUCUGAUCUCGUCGAGAUGGGUAUCGACUCGCUCAUGGGCAUGGAGUUGGCUCGCGAGAUUGAGAUUACCUUCAAGAUCUCCCUCAGCAACGAUGAUCUGAUGGAGUUGACCACCAUCCACAGCUUGAAUGUCCUCGUGCAGAAGACGCUCGGUGUUGAUGGGUCGGCAGCUGAGGAGGAGGAGGAAGUUGUUGAGGCUCCUGUCACGAAUGGACACAGCAACGGUGUGAAUGGUGUGAACGGCCACGCGACUAACGGCGUGAACGGCCACGCAACAAACGGCAAUGGAGCGACAUCCGGCCCCUUCCGCGUGCCUGCUGAGACCGUCCUAACCGCCUUCGCCGAGUGCAAGGCCGCCACCGACGACUUCAUCCGCGAGCACAACAUGGGCGGCUACGUCGACACGGUUCUCCCCCGCUCUGACGAACUCUGUGCCGUGCACCUGAUCAAUGCCUUCGAGCAGCUCGGCUGCCCCAUCCGCAGCGCCAAGGCCGGUGACGAGCUGCCCAAGAUUGAGUACCUGCCCCGCCACCAACGCUUCGUGGACUGGAUUUACGAGUUCCUCGAGAAGAACGCCCGCAUCCUCGAUGUUGACGCCAACGGCCGGAUCACCCGUACCGCCAUCGCCCUGCCCUCCAAGCCCGCCGACGCCAUCUACCACGACCUCGUCCGCGCCAACCCGGAGCACCGCUACGACCACGACCUGACCCAACACAUCGGCCCCGAGAUUGCCGACUGCCUCGUCGGUAAGCAAGAGGGUGUGCAGCUCAUGUUCGGCCGCCCCGAAGGCCGCGAGAUCGCCUCCAACAUGUACGGCAAGUCGCCCAUCAACGUUGUCUGGAUCAAGCAGAUGGAGAGCUUCCUCCGCGGCUUUGUCGGUCGCCUCAACAUCGCCCCCGGCGGUGAGCCCCUGCGCAUCCUCGAGAUGGGCGCCGGCACGGGUGGUACCACGGCCAAGAUCCUGCCUCUGCUCGCCAGCCUCGGCGUGCCCGUCCGCUACACCGUGACCGACCUGUCGUCGUCGCUUGUCGCUACCGCCCGCAAGCGCUUCAAGGGCCAGUUCGACUUUGUUGACUACAAGGUCGUCGACAUCGAGGGCAACCUCCCCGCUGAGCUCCUCGAGUCCCAGCACAUGGUCCUCGCCACCAACUGCGUCCACGCGACCCACAACCUCGUCAAGUCCACCGGUAACAUCCGCCGUCUGCUGCGCCCGGAUGGUAUGUUGCUGAUGCUGGAGAUGACCACCCAAGUCCCUUGGGUUGAUUUGACUUUCGGUCCCGUCGAGGGCUGGUGGCUGUUUGACGACGGCCGCAAGCACGCGCUGGCCCCGCCUGAAGUCUGGGACGACGCCCUUCACGCUGCCGGGUAUGGACAUGUCGACUGGACCGACGGCCACCUUCCCGAGGCCGCCAUCCAGCGCGUCAUCAUCGCCCUGGCCUCGGCCCCGUCGCAAAGGUAUGAACGUUCACCGAUCCCUCCUCCGGCUUCGCUGCCGAUCGCCGCUUCGAGUGCCGCUGACAUCGAUGCUCGUCAAGCGGCUAUUGAUGCCUACGUCGCUGAGUACACCCGCGACUUCCGGCCUUCUGCGCCAAUCUCAACCUCCGCUUCUCCUUCUUCUCCGUCUCAGCACACCGUACUCGUCACCGGCGCCACCGGUUCCCUUGGAUCGCACCUCGUUGCCCAUCUGACUUCGCUGCCCACCGUCCGGGGCGUUGUCUGCCUCAACCGCGUCAGCAUCACCAACGACCCGCUCGGCCGCCAGCUGAAUGCAUUUACGACCCGCGGCAUUGACCUCGACGCGGCCGCCCAGGGCAAACUCACCGUCUUCGAAGUCGACAGCAGCAAACCCCACCUCGGUCUCGAUGCGGCCGCUUAUGCAGGGCUCACCCAAACCGUCACCCACAUCGUGCAUAACGCGUGGCCCAUGAGCAUCACUCGCCCCAUCGCGGGAUUCUCAACCCAAUUCCGCACCAUGCGCAACCUCAUCGACCUUGCUGCGUCGGCCGCCGCUGCCCAGAACCUGCCCACCCCCGUCGGCUUCCAAUUCAUCUCCUCCAUUGCUACUGUCGGCUGCUACCCGCUUCUACCCGACGAAAACACCACCACCUUCGUCCCCGAAGAACCCAUGGCCGUUAGCUCUGUGAUGCCCACGGGCUACGGCGAUGCCAAGUUGGUGUGCGAGCGGAUGCUGGCCGCGACCCUCGGUUCCGAGGCGCAUGGUCACGGCUCCGUCUUCCGCGCGGCGAGCGUGCGCAUUGCCCAGAUUGCCGGCAGCACUUCGUCCGGCUUCUGGAACCCCGUUGAGCAUCUGGCUUUUGUGCUCAAGAGUGCCCAGACUUUGCGCGCGCUGCCCGAUCUGAGCGGUGAUCUCUCGUGGUGCCCUGUCGACACCGUGGCCGGCACUCUAGCUGAUUUACUCCUCCUUCCCAACGCUAACAACAAGGAGGGGGGUGAUGAAUACCCAAUUUACCAUAUCGAGAACCCAACCCGUCAAAGCUGGCCCGCCAUGAUCUCCAUGCUAGCCCGCGCCUUCAACAUCCCGCAGACUCCGGACCACAUCGUGCCUUGGGACGAGUGGCUCAGGCGUGUGCGGCGGUUCCCGGGGACGGUGGAUGACAACCCGGCUGCGCGCCUGGUCGGAUUCUUGGAACAACAUUUUAUUCGUAUGAGCUGUGGACGCAUGGUAUUGGGCACAGUCAAGUCUUGCGAGCACUCGGUGACGCUGAGGGAGAAGGGGGUCGCGGUGGAGGAGGCGCUUUUGGCUCGGUAUGUCGCGGCGUGGAAGAAGAUGGGAUUUUUGAACUGA